AUGGCUAUGCUACCCUCCAACUUUCCAGGCAAAGUCUCUGCAGCAUCCGUCGCAUCCCACAUGGUCCGCACUUUCCAGAACAUAAGGGUGGUCCUUAUGGUUGGUAUCGGCGGCGGGGCACCGAGCAAGGCGAAUGAUAUACGUCUGGGUGAUGUCGUGGUCGGGGCCGAGGGCGUGCUUCCUUACGACAUGGGGAAGAAUAUACAAGGCAUGGAUGAGUUCCAUAUCACUGGCAAGAUCAACAUUCCUCCAAUGUUUCUGGGAACAGUUGUCAGUAACCUAGGACGGCGAAUGCGUCGUCAACCGAGAGGUCACGAUCUGCAAGGAAAGAUCGAGAAAGCUCUUGAGAAUGUCAGCCCCUUCGUGCGCAAAUCAUGCCAUCGCCCGGAUCCCGCCAGCGACCAGCUCUAUCACGCCCACAUAGUUCAUCCUGAUGCAACAAUCGAUUGCGCUAAAGCUUGCGGGAGUGACCCCGGAAACCUCGUUGAGCAGAAACCUCGGGAGGAUGAUACGGAGAACGUGGAAAUACACUAUGGUCUCAUUGCGUCUGCUGAUCAGGUCAUGAAAAACGCGACUAUGAGAGACAAAUUUUCCAGGGAUCACAAGGUGCUCUGCUUCGAGAUGGAGGCGGCAGGACUUACACAUCAGUUUCCAUGCCUCGUCAUUAGGGGGAUCUGCCACUACUCAGACACGCACAACCACGACAAGUGGCAGGGAUAUGCGGCCAUGGCUGCUGCUGCUUAUGCAAAAGACUUAUUGAGCAUCAUGCCACCGGAAACAGUACAAACGCAGCUAUCAAUGCAGAAACAGUUUUAUGCUUUAACACAGGAUGUGGCUCAAUUGCAAAUGAAGAGUGAAGCUCAAGAAGAAAGGAGCAUGCUUGACUGGCUGGCAAACGACAACUACAUCCACCAGCACCGUGAGGCACUCAGCAAACGAUAUGAAACGACCGGCGACUGGUUCCUCGAAUUGCCCAGCAUCGAAAAAUGGAAAGAAAACAAAGGUCUAACACUGUUCUGCACCGGGGACCUUGGAUCGGGAAAAACCGUCUUGACAUCAAUUAUCAUUCAACAUCUUUUGACAAAAUACCAAGAUAACGGCAAGAUCGGAAUUGCAUAUGUCUACUUUAAUCUCAAGCGCAAAGAAGAGCAAACAAUUGACAAGCUGCUUGAAAUCAUUCUGAGGCAGCUUAUUCACAAACAAGGCUCAGCUAGGCAUGGACUGAUGGCCCUAUAUUCUCACUCUGGGCUUUCCAAUAACCCUUCUAGGCCGCAAACCAGAGAGCUCAUUGCCCUUCUUAACCAGGUGCUUACAAAAUUUGAGAAGACAUACCUGGUUAUUGAUGCUAUUGAUGAAUGUCCCUCCCCUACCCCUAGGGUUAGUUUUCUAUCCCAACUCGCUGAGUUAAGAGUAGCCCAUGGCCAUGGGCUAAACAUCCUUAUCACUGCAAGAACGGAAACUAGGAUUGGGCAGGUCCUGCCAGUAGACCUCACACAAUUGAUUACUUCGCAGCCCAAGGACCUCGAGCAUUUCCUUGAACACGAGCUUCGAAGUAACUUCCCUGAAUUCAUGGAGGAAGAUGGGCAACUCUUUUCCAAUACUAUUAGCAGCAUUGUAAAACAGGCAGGCGGAACAUUUCUCACCGCGCGACUCUUCAUGGAUCUUCUUAUCGAUGAGCAUUUAGAAACUAAAGCAGAGUUGCGCCUAUUUGUUCAAGACUUGGUUAGGCCUCGAGGAUCUUCUUCCUCCAUGGCCAAGAUGGAGCUGAUAGGAAGGCUGGACGAAAAGAGUGCGGAGAGAAUCAGGCACCGUGAACUUGCUAUGAAAACUCUUCUAUGGAAUUCAUACACCAAGACCCAGCCUACAGCCGACGCGUUGAAAACUGCUCUUGUUCUGUUGCAAGGAACAACGAUGGAAGAAGAGGAAAUUACUCAUAUUUGCAUCACCUGCCUAUCAUAUCCUGACUUCGCCUUCGAGGAUAGAGAAGACAGAGAAGGCAUAGUUGAGUUUCGUCCUUUCUACAAGUAUGCUGCGUCAUACUGGGAUAUUACCAAUGGUUACCUCAGUGAUGCUAGGCGGAUAACUCGAUCCGUCCACGCAGCGAGAAGCUACACCAAGCCACUGGCUACUUUUCUCGAGCCUGGGAUGGGCAAGCUGCACCAAAUCGCCUACUUUGGCCUAGAAAAUCUCUAUCAUCUCUACGUGGCAGAAUAA